AUGUCUGCCGGACCCCCCUCUCCCCCUGAGCAUCAAUACGUGCAUGGGACCAUUGUCCACACUUUCGAGUGUAGAAUCACACCCUGCAAGACUGCCUGUCAUCUCCGCUGUGCGAUCCUCAACUCUCCUUGUCGUAGGCCCCAGCACACCUUACCGUGUAUCAAUCCUGAGAGCGCUCCUCACUUGCUGUCAGAGGGGCGACCGUCUGUAACACGUCGUGCAGCUCAAUCAGCCCUUGCACACUCGGUAAAACUCCAAUAA